AGUAUAAAUAGACUCACUUGCCGGCACUUGGGCAUCAUUAAAAAAUCUUUUGUUCAAUUAACAACAAGUGUGAAGUGUGGUGCGCCGAUUGCUGGAAAGGAUAAGCCCAACUUUGGAUUACAUUACUGAACCAAAUAAUUGCAAUACAACAUGAAAAACUUUGCCCUCUGUCUGAUCGCUGCUGCGCUGCUCUGCCUGGUGGACGCAGCUCCCAAGCCCCAACAGGGCGAACCGAUUGCGAUCAUAAGCCAAGAAUCUAAUAUCGAGCCGGAUGGAGCCUACAAUUAUGCCUAUGAAACGGCCAAUGGUAUCAAGGCUGAGGAAACUGGCAUUGUGAAGAAGGCAACCUCUCCGGACACCACGGAUGUGAUCAUUGUCAAGGGUUCCGUGUCGUAUACCUCGCCUGAAGGCGAGCUCAUCACCUUAAACUAUGCGGCCGAUGAUGAGAACGGAUUCCAGCCACAGGGCGCACAUUUGCCGACACCACCACCAAUUCCGCCAGCGAUCCAGAAGGCGCUCGACUAUCUGCUCAGCCUGCCCCCAGCACAGCGUCGUCGUUAGGAGGAUCCCUUUUGAAAGGACAUGGAGGUGAAAAUGACAAUAUGCAAACGAUACUCUGAUACUCUACACACAAUGAAGCAAUUUGCUGCUAGCCCGUAUAUCAUCAAUCAAUACCUUAAAGCGAACACCAACAUCGAGCAGCUGACUGAAGAACACAACCUGCACACACACGCACACACACAUAUACACAUACACAUACACACACUCAACUAUGUUUCAUUUUUUUGUUUUGUUUUGAUUUCUUGACUUCUUCUGAAUCCCUUAUCCGAUUUCUGCUAUUCUUUAUCGUCUUCAAACUUAAACUGUGCUUAAGAUCUUUUAGUCGCCGGAACUUUGCCAUUUUCGGACUCAUGUGAUAUCAUCGAUUUAUUAAUGAAAUCAAGAAGAAAAUGUAAAAAAAAAGAAAAGAAAAGAAAGAAGGAAUGAACAAGAAAUAAUAAUGAAUUAUGAUAUAAUAAUCCAAUUAUUGUGCACAGCAAUUCUUGUGUAAAUAGUCUAUAUAACUAUAAUCUUUUGCAUGUAAUACGAGUAUAAGCGAUAUGGAUGACGAGGAUGUACUUACUUAUACAUACAUAUGCAUACAUUUA